ACUUUAACCAUAUGGAUAUGAGUGACACAAUGAACUACUACUCUUCUCAACUCUCUCUCAUUUGAAUUCCUUCAUCAAUCAUCAAUAUGGCUCCAAUCACAAACUUGCAUGGACUCUCAAAAACUUUGGCUCCCAUUGUUACAUGCCUUCCAAAUGCACAUAGGAACCUUCAUCUCAAUAAGAGAGUGCAAAUAGUUGGAAGCAAUAAUAAUACGGCACAUGAAUCAGAAUCUUCAUCACAAGAAUCUGUUGUUGACACUACUACAAGAAGAGCAGCAAUAGGCCUUGUUGCCUCCAUAGUUCUCACUGCCCAAUUCCAUGACAAGAUUUCACUUGCUCAAGAACAUACCCAUAAUGGCUGGUGGUAUGAUGAUUUACCUUUGCCUCUUCCAACUGUCACUAACAACCUUGCAAAUGAGAAAACGGGUACCCGUUCAUUUAUUAAGAAGGGAAUAUACAUGGCAGACAUUGGAGUUAAAGGGAGUGUUUAUAGGAUUAAGAAAUAUGCAUUUGAUCUUCUGGCUAUGGCGGAUUUGAUUGCAGCAGACACACUCAAUUAUGUGAGGAGAUACCUCAGAAUCAAGUCUACUUUCAUGUACUAUGAUUUUGACAAAGUUAUAUCAGCUAUGCCAGUGGAUAAUAAGCAGCAAUUAACUGACAUCGCUAACAAAUUAUUUGAUAAUUUUGAAAAGCUCGAAGAAGCUUCAAGGAGGAAAAGUUUACCUGAUACACAAUCAAUCUACCAAGAAACUGAAGUCAUGCUACAUGAUGUCAUGGAUCGGAUGGAUGUAAUGUAUAAAACAAUUUGAUAUUAUUUUAAUCCAAACUUUUGUUUAUACUAAAACAUUUUCACCCCCCUUACAAAUGAAAUUAUGAAAACAUGGUGCAAGAAAAACUUGGUUAACAAGUUUGCAAAAAUUGUCCCCAA